AUGGCUGGCUGGUUCUCUUCUUCGUCCCCGCUUGAUGAGCAGAUCGAGCGGGCGACCGGUUCGUCACUGGAAGAUAUCUCUCUGAACCUAGAGAUCUCUGACAUGGUCCGAUCGAAAAGUGUCCAACCCAAAGAUGCGAUGAGGUCUUUAAAGCGCCGCCUGGAGAAUCGGAACCCAAACAUUCAACUAGCAACAUUGAAGUUGACCGAUACAUGUGUCAAGAACGGAGGGACUCACUUCCUCGCCGAAAUCGCCUCCCGUGAAUUUAUGGAUAAUCUAGUGUCCCUGCUCAAAGCGGAAGGGGCACCUCUAAACCACGACGUUGAACAGAAAAUUCUGGAGUUGAUUCAAAACUGGGCUAUGGCAGCGCAGGGCCGCAUGGAUCUGAUGUACCUUGGGGAGACAUAUCGCAAACUGCAGACCGAGGGAUUCCAAUUCCCCCCGAAAACAGAAAUGAGCGGUACAAUGUUAGAAAGUAAUGCCCCACCAGAGUGGAUAGACUCGGACGUUUGUAUGCGGUGUCGAACCGCCUUCAGCUUUAUGAACCGCAAGCACCACUGUCGCAAUUGUGGCAAUGUUUUCGAUGCGCAAUGCUCCAGCAAGACACUUCCCUUGCCGCAUCUCGGAAUACUCCAACCUGUUCGUGUCGAUGACGGUUGCUACACAAAACUGACCUCCAAAGCUUUCACUCCGGCGGCAGGCUUAUCAGAUCGAUCUGCGUUCAAGAACAACUCCAUAACCAAGUCUGCUUCCAUGGAGCCCCGUGGCGCUAAGGCGGACACCAGCUUUGAUGAUGACCUUCGUCGUGCACUGCAAAUGAGUUUGGAGGAGGCGGAAGGCCGAGGUCCAUCUGGAUUCGUACCCCAGACCGGCAACGUUCCCGAGCCAGUGACGGCCACUCCCGGGCCCACCAAUGUAGAAGAGGAAGAUGCAGAUCUCAAAGCGGCUAUUGAAGCAUCACUGCGAGAUAUGGAGACGCAUAAGCAGCAGCACGCUGCCGCUCUGAAGAAUAAUAUUCCGCAAAGUGAUACAUUUCAGGAUUCAUCAAACAGCCAGACUCCUCUGCCGAAGAAUCCUUAUGAGCUCAGCCCCGUCGAAGCUGAAAAUAUUCAUCUUUUUUCUACGUUGGUCGAUCGACUACAGCACCAGCCACCAGGAACCAUCCUCCGCGAGCCCCAGAUUCAAGAGCUUUAUGAAAGCAUAGGCACACUUCGACCGAAAUUGGCGCGCAGCUACGGAGAGACGAUGAGUAAACAUGACACUCUCCUUGACCUUCAUGCUAAGCUGUCAACCGUUGUUCGCUACUACGAUCGAAUGCUGGAAGAAAGACUAUCCAGUGCUUAUUCACAACAGAACUUUGGCUAUCGUGUACCUGGGAUGCCUCAAUAUUCCACCAUGACUGGGUUCCCCCCGCCCACGCAUGAAGGCAAACCUGGUGUCGAAAACUUCUAUUAUGGAAAUGCGGCGGAGCCCUCACACCCCUCAACGACUGGGUAUGCGCCGCCGCCAAUGAAUAACGGAGCUUAUGAAGCACCUCCCAGUGGUAUCACAAGUCCUGUGUACCCAACACAGGCUCAGCGUGGACCCCCGGGGAACGAGUCGCACAACCCUAGCUGGAGUCAGAAUCCCUAUCCAUCUUUAGGGUCGCCUCCACCUCCUAGCGGCACUGUGACGAGCAAUCACGCUGCCCCCGUGCCAACUGGACCGUCCGCCUAUUAUGCAGCACCACCGGAUCAAGACGUGGUCCAAACACAAUUCUCCGAGAUACCCUAUCAGUCAUCGCCUAUCCUGCGACGAGACUCCCAGUACCAACCUAGUGCACCCCCGGAGGCUCCGAUACCCAGUGCACCAGAGCCGCAUUCACCGGAGCAGAUGCAAUCACCCACAUACUCCACUAUGGCGCCUGUGAUGCAUCAGCAACCCAUCGGGCCCCCACCCCAGUCCUAUUAUUAUCAACCGCAGCAGCAGCAACAUCCGGUGCCUUCUGAAUACCCGCCGAUGGUCACUGGCCAACCGGGAACAUAUCCGGUAGCCGGACACCCGCAACUGCCCGUAUCGAAUCAGCCCUCCAAGCCAGUGGUGGAAGAGAGUCUGAUUGAGUUAUAG